CACGGAGGCGUUUCGAGGUUUGGAACGCAUGGACAGGUUUCGGGAGCUGGAUAAAGUAGCAGUCUGUCGGAACUUCCGCGUUCCGCUAUGUCAUUGACGGUCUCGACUGAUAGAGUGAUAGCUGGCGGCAGGGCAGAAGGGCCGAUGUUUACUGACAUAGCGCCAUAAUGUUCCGCUGUGUUCUCAGUGCUGGGUUCCUAGUGAGGACAGUGCAUACAGUGCUGACCUGGGGGGUCACUUUGGUGCUUUUCCUUCAUGACACCGACAUUUUCUUCAUAUGCCAUUCAGAUCUGUAUCACCAAGAAAAUCAGUGGAAGCUGUUACAACCAUUGUCAUUUGGUCUGUUGGUUCUGUGCUCUGUUCUGCUAUACUUUGCAGUGUCACUUAUGGACCCAGGCUAUGUACUGUCUGACUGUAACAAAAAGCCCCUGCCCACAUAUUUAGAGCAGGGGGUGAUGAUACCAGAGGCACCCAGUGGUAUGCGUUUGAGGCGUUGUGGAUAUUGUUUAUUGCAGCAGCCAAUAAGGGCACGGCACUGCAAAACCUGCCAUCAUUGUGUGCGAAGGUUUGACCAUCAUUGUCCUUGGAUUGAGAACUGUGUUGGAGAAAGAAACCAUCCUCUCUUCAUGCUUUACCUGGGUGUCCAAUUUCUAGUGCUUCUUUGGGCCUUUCGCUUAACCUGGUCUGGCUUUCAGUUUGAAGCUUCAUGGACAGAGUGGCUUAAAGUUAAUAUCUUUCUACUGUUGGCCUUCAUCUUGACUGGCAUUUUCACCUUUGUGGUAGCACUGUUACUUGGCUGCCACUGUUACCUUAUCUCCUGCAAUGUCACUACCUGGGAGUUCAUGUCACACCAUCGGAUCUCGUACCUAAAGCACUAUGACUCAGAUACAAAUCCUUUUGAUAAAGGUAUUGCCCGUAACCUAUGGGACUUCUUUUGCAAAUGCAAUAGAGUGGCUUGGGAGCAAGUUUAUUUUCGGGGCACAUAUAAUAUAGUGUGAAACCCAGUUCUGUUACAUCUCCACAUAGAACUAAAAGGGAAGCUUCUACCCCUACAUUGAUCUAUCUCAAAAGUCAAGUGGCUUAUAACAUAACAAAAAAAACAGCACUCAGUGAUGGGCGCGCAUGUAAUUUUAUACCACAGCACUUUGUUACAGGAAUGCGUUUAUAAAAUUAGAGCCUUCUAGCUGUUGUUCAGUUAAAAAACUUGCAAGAAGACACCAGAUUUGAAGUACCUGGAUUACAGCAUUAGAAAAUACUCCAGGGCAUUUCAGGAAACACUGUAGGUUUGAUCAUUAUGGUAAACAAGCUGAAUUUUUCACUGAUGUCAAGCGAUGUGCUUAAUGGAUUCGCUACGUCCUUUUAUACAGAAUGUAAAUUUUUUUUUCAAAUGCUAAUUUAUUUUUAUAUCUUUUAUAUUAUAUAAUACCAUUAUGAAUCCUGAAGCAGUAAUAUGUUUGUCAAUAAAUAACUUUGGAUUUUUGCACUCGCA